CAUUCCGAGUGAUAUCAGCACGCCUAAACAAAAACCGGCUUGUUUUUUCGCAGAAAAAGUAUCAAAAUGAUUACCGACGUGCAAUUGGCAAUAUUUUCUAAUGUUUUGGGCGUAUUCCUGUUCCUGCUUGUUGUUGCCUAUCACUACAUCAACGCCAACACGGGCAAGUAA